UCAACCCCAACGAGCGCACCACUCUGCCAUCACGCUGCAACACGCACGACUUCGACCUGCGCUUGCCACUUUGGCCAGAAGUUCCGUGUUGACUGAUGCUCUGACGCUUGCUGCAAGCACCUCGGCCCUAGGCCCUCGGCCCCAUUAAUGCUAAAUUCAGUCAGUAUCGUCAUACGUACCACCGCGCCCUGCAGGCUGAUUCCGACCAGUGCUUUGUCGCUCUGCCGCUCUCUCGCGCCUCUACGGGUCGCCCUGCGAGUGCGAGAGAGACAGAGCGUCGGAAGCAGUGUUUGGAAGUCGUGGACGUGGAGCCGCGGCCUGCCUAUGGUGCUGGACUUCCCCGCACGAAGGCCAGCUCGGAGUCUCCGCAUGGGAAGCCCGGUACAGGCUGUAUGAAGCAGCGCAAACAGUGGGACGGCAAACGGACAUCUAACCCUCUAAAGUACAGUCUAACAAACAAAAAUUUCGAGGAAAAAAAUCAGAAAACAGCACGGCGAUGAUGAUGCUUACGCGGCAGUUCACUGUCACCCCUCACCCCUUCCCUUCCGCACCCCUCCCCUCCCCAUCCUGUUGCUGCCAUCAUCAGCCCUGCGCUGCGCCAUCUGCCCGCUGCCGCUGCACUGUACGUCACGCUCGACAAACAUUACGUUUGAUUUGGCUUUGAUUCAACCACUACUACUGGCCGAACUGAAGACUGUCACGCGUGUCUGCCGAUGUUCACUCCAGCACUUCCCUCAUUCAAAAUCGGAUGUUCUAUCUAGCAAAGAAAAUGGAGAUAUGGUGGCUGCAUUUUCUCUUGGUAGUAUUGAUGAGUUCUACCAUGCUGGCUGACAUGGGUAGACAAAAAGGGAACAUCAAAGCAGCACUGAACUUUUCUCACAUGGAAAACAUUCGACCAAGCAAUUUCACCCCGUUUGAUCAUUGUGAGACUGCUGUUGUACCACCAUCCUCACUAGAUAUACCAGAGUAUAUAAUAAAUUUGGAUCUUCCACCAAGGGAGCGGUGGAGAAAGCUUGUCCAAGAUAAAAAAGAGGGAAUAAUUACUCUCAUUGAGAACAUGAAAAACAAUUCUGAUUUACUAUUUGGAAAAAGUGUGUUUUGGAUGGUUGAUCAUGUUUUGCCUCUCCUUACAAAAACUUUGCCAAAGGAAUACAGAGAAGAAUUAAUAGGGAUUUCUGAGGCCACCGGAGUUGGCAUAGGGGAAAUCACUCUGUUUAAUGUAUUCUAUGAAUUCUUCAGUGCUUGUACUUCUAUUGUUGCACAAUCAGAUAGUGGAGUAAUGUUUCAUGGAAGAAAUUUGGACUUUGGUCUUUUCUUAGGGUGGGACCCCUUAAACCACACUUGGCAAACUACAAGCCUCUUAAAACCUCUCGUGGUUCAAUUACGUUUUGUGCGAGGGAACAAUACUGUUUACCGUGCUGUUAACUACGCUGGUUACACUGGUGUUUUAACGGCACUCAAACCAAAAAAAUUCACUCUAACCAUAGAUGAACGUUUUAGAAUAAACGGUGGUUAUGUGGGGAUAAUAGAAUGGAUUUCAGGAAUGCGCAAUCAACAAUGGAUAGGUUUUCUUACAAGGCAAGUCAUGGAAAAAUGCAAUAGUUUCACCUGCGCACAGAAAAUGCUUGCAAAACCAUCUCUUGUUGCACCAGUUUACUUCAUACUGUCUGGAAUUUCAUCAAAGGAGGGAUGUAUAAUAACCCGAGGAAGAAACAGUUUCAAUAUCUGGCCACUUGGACAGAAACAAAAGAAACAAAUGGGCAACUGGUUCCUUGUUCAAACCAACUUUGACCAAUGGAGGGAUCCUCCCUUUUAUGAUGACCGACGUAACCCUGCUAUACAUUGUAUGGAUCAGCUUGGAAACAAAGACGUGCCCCAAUCCCUAGUAAACGUCCUCUCUACACGGCCUGUGCUCAAUAAGCUAACUACCUACACAGCUGUCAUGUCUGCUGAAAAAGACAUGUUGAAGGUGUGGAUUCAGUCGUGUCCUGACCCCUGCUGGCCAUGGUGAAGAAAAGCAUCAAAGAGAAUGUGAAAGAAAAAGGCAUAGAAUUAGACAGAAGGUUUUAUCCUCCUUUAGUGUAACAUAAACAUAUCAAAGUAAAUUACAGUUGGUAAACUUAAAUAAAUAUGAAUUUAUAAAUAAAAAUAUCACAACUACCAAGUGAA